CAUCAUUCUCAAGCAAUUGUUAAGUAUGGUUUUACUUGUUUCUCUCCUUGUGCUUUCCUUAUUCUGUUUAAGCAAUUGUGAGGGUUCGGGUUGGCCUUCUCCGGGCUACUAUCCUAGUUCUAGAGUUGGAUCCUUAUAUUUUAGUCAAGGUUUUAGAAACUUAUGGGGUCCUCAACAUCAAUCACUCAACCAAGAUACUUUAACAAUUUGGCUUGAUCAUAACUCAGGGAGUGGCUUUAAAUCUUUAAGAGAUUAUCGAUCUGGUUAUUUUGGCACCUCUCUCAAGCUACAACCUGGUUACACUGCUGGAAUUAUUACUUCUUUCUAUCUUUCCAACAGUGAGGACUUUCCAGGGCAUCAUGAUGAAAUUGAUAUUGAGUUCCUUGGGACUACUCCAGGUAAACCAUAUGUGUUGCAAACAAAUGUGUACAUGAAAGGAAGUGGGGAUGGUCAUAUUAUUGGCAGAGAAAUGCAGUUUCAUCUUUGGUUCGAUCCAACUAAAGGUUUUCAUAAUUAUGCUAUCCUUUGGAACCCCAAUGAAAUAAUAUUUUUUGUGGACGAUGUUCCAAUAAGAAGGUACCCAAAGAAAAGUGAUGCAAUAUUUCCACAAAGGCCAAUGUAUGUGUAUGGUUCCAUUUGGGAUGCUUCAUCAUGGGCUACAGAGGAUGGAAGGAUCAAAGCUGAUUAUAAGUACCAACCAUUCGUCGGAAAAUACAACAAUUUCAAGAUAGGUGGUUGCACCACCAACGAUAAUCCUUCAUGCCGCCCGCCAUCUGGCUCUCCAUCGAGAUCCGGUGGGCUGAGCCGCCAACAGAAUGAUGCAAUGGAAUGGGUGCAAAGGAACUAUAAAGUGUACGAUUAUUGUCGUGACCCCCAAAGAGAUCGUACUCAUACACCUGAGUGCUAGAAAUGGAGAAAAGAAAAUAAAUACAGUUUUAUUUUUGGAGUGUCUUGGGAUGGAUCAUAUCAUGAUGAAUGUGAUGAAAAAGUAAUUGAAGCGUCCAAGCCUUCAAGGAUUUGGAGAUGUGGAAUUUUACUUAAUUUUCUUAAAAAAUUGAAUGUAUAAUUUGAGCAUUUUUGUUCCAGUUUCUGAAGAGAGUUUCCUUUUAAGUGUAUAUUUUUCCUUGAUGAUGUGUAUGAUUAUUUGACAAAGAAGGUACUUUUAGCAAAAAGAAAAA